CCAAGCACUCUCGUUGGUUCCAGAUGUCAGGUCCCCGAGGCCGGGUCCCAGAGCUGUGAACCACCUGUGGAGUUCUCCCUCCACAAGCUCCAUGGGCAAGAUGUGCUGGCUGUUCCUUUGGGGAAUCCUCCAUACUUGCCCUACACAGGCCUCUGUGCUCUUGGCCCAGCAGCUACCACAGCAACUGACAUCCCCCGGAUACCCAGAGCCAUAUCUCAAAGGCCAGGAGAGCCACACUGACUUCGAGGCUCCAGAGGGGUUUGCCGUGAGGCUGGUCUUCCAGGACUUUGAUCUGGAGCCAUCCCCAGACUGUGAAGGGGACUCUGUCACAAUUUCAAGCAGAGGAGCAGAUGCAAUCCGGCUGUGUGGACAGCAGGGUUCCUCUCCGGAGAGCCCUCCUGGUCACAGGGAGUUUGUAUCCUCAGGGAGGAGUCUGCGGCUGACCUUCCGGGCACACUCUUCUUCCCAGAACAAGGUCGCACACCUCCACAGAGGCUUCCUGGCUCUCUACCAAGCCAUAGCUGUGAGCCAGACCAAUGGGGACUCUAAGGCUGUCACCACACCUGGAGCUGACCCUCCCAGGAUUCAGAACCUUGGCCAAGAUUCCUAUUACGAGGCCGAACAGACUGGGACAUCCAGCUGCCCAUCUUUGGGGACUUGGAAGGACAGACAGGAUGGGGAAGAGGUUCCUCAGUGUGUGCCAGUCUGUGGAAGACCAGUCGUCCCCAUUGCCCAGAACCCAGAGACUCCUGGAUCUUGGCGAGCUAAGCCGGGCAGCUUCCCGUGGCAAGCCUUCACCAGCAUCCACGGGCGCGGGGGCGGAGCCCUGCUGGGUGACAGAUGGAUCCUGACAGCUGCCCACACCGUCCACCCCAAGGACAGCGUCUACCUCAGAAAGAACCGCAGUGUGGAAGUGUUUCUCGGCCACACAGACGUAAACGAGCUACUGAAGCUGGGGAACCAUGCUGUGCGUAGGGUCGUGGUGCACCCAGACUACCGCCAGCACGCGCCCCACGACUUCAACGGGGACAUCGCCCUGCUUGAGCUCCAGCACAGCGUCCCCCUGGGCCCCAACCUCCUCCCCGUCUGUCUGCCCGACAGUGAGGCCCUCUACCACAGCGGCCUGUGGGGCUACGUCAGCGGGUUUGGUGUGGAGAUGGGCUGGUUAACUACCAAGUUGAAAUACUCGAAGCUGCCUGUAGCUCCCCGGGAGGCCUGUGAAGCCUGGCUCCUCCAGAGGCAGCGGACCGAGGUGUUUUCUGACAACAUGUUCUGUGCCGGGGACGAGAGUCAGAUGAAUAGUGUCUGCCAGGGGGACAGCGGAAGCGUCUACGUGGUGUGGGACAAUCGCACUCUUCACUGGGUGGCCACAGGCAUUGUGUCCUGGGGUAUCGGGUGUGGCAAGGGGUACGGCUUCUACACCAAAGUGCUCAACUAUGUGGAUUGGAUCAAGAGGGUGAUGGAGGGUAAAGACUGAGCCAGGGGGCCUGAGCACCCCAGGGGGCCUGAGCACCCCAGGGGCCCUGAGCACCCCAGGGGGCUUGAGCAGUGCACCAACACUGUGGAGGUCCCAACCAAGAAUGAGCAGGAGCGAAGAUCCACUUGGGGCCGGAGAACCCUCUUUAAGUCACUGAUUCAUCAACCCGCUGCCGAAGAGAAAGCCUCCUCCCCUGAACCCACACCACCCCAAAUCAGAAGCAGCACCCCCUGCCCCCUUCUCACCUUCAGCUUUCCCGGGUUUUGCACCAGGGAAGGCCUGUGCAUCUAAGCAACAUUUGCUUAGAACAUCUUUUUGUUUGUUCGAGGCAGGAUUUCACUCUGUAGCCCAGGCUGGCCUCAAACUCACGGCAAAGAUCCUGCUUCGGCCGCCCAGACACUGGGAUUAUAAGCAUGCGCAGUUAAACCUGGCAGCAUGACCGCGUGCGUCUUUUUGAAUCCCCUACCUCAUCUAGUGACAGUUUCUUCUGCAUUUAUUUGUGGAACAGCCAUUGUCUCCUUCAAAUGGAGUGCGGAGGAAAGGGUUUUAACGCAUUGUGUCUCUGAACCAUUCCAGAGACCGUUAUGUUCACCGUGAAAUGUUCGAAGCAGUUGGCUUCACCACCGAUCACAACUCUCACAUGCAAUUACAGUAAAACCUCCUUUUUCAUCCUGCAUCGACUGUGUGCCAAGGCCAUCACCUGUUAUCUCACCUAAUCCUGACACCAUGCCGGCCGAAAGAUGUGUUAGCCGUUAUCCAUGUCUCACAAAGAGGAAGCUGGGGGAGAGAUGCAAUGGAAGUCCCACAGCUGGUUCUUGAUUGAGGCUACACUCCUCCCUGCUCGCCCGCAGGGAUACCUCUCAGUUGCCCUCAAGACCUACCUGGUCACCCACAUCCCCUUCUGGGCCCCACAGCUUUACAGAACUCCAUCCUCUGAGAAGGCCUGCUUCAGCGAAGGCAGCACUAUCAGUCACACUUUCCUCCUGGCCUCCAUCACCAAGGGCACAGCUAGCCUGAGAAGAUGAACUCUUUAAUUGGUAGGAAAGAUUUGGAGUGAUUUACAGGGAAAGACAAGAAUAAGAUACAACAGUUCGGUGAGAACAGAGAAUGGAUACCAUAAAAGAUUAGAAAGGAAGGAUGACAUCUUGUUUAUCUCUGAAAAACAGCAGGAUGCAAGCUGAGCAAGUGACACACACCUAAAAUCCCAGGCACUCAGGAGGCUGAGGAAGAAGAACCAUAAGUUCAAGGCCAGCCUUGAUCUCAUCUCAAAGUUCUUAAAAAAAAAAAAUAAUAAUAGUGGUGGUACAAUUUUCAAGAUCAGACUGGUCUACAGAGUGAGUUCCAGGACAUCCAGGGCUACACAGAAAAACCCUGUCUGGAAAACUAACAAACAAACAAACAAAUAAAUAAAUAAAUAAAUAGGGGCAGGAUCUAAAUAUGGUUGAUUCUCCUUAUUAAACCUUAUGCACAAUUCAAAAGACUAUUAAAAAUAGUCUAGGGGCUGGAGAGAUGGCUCAGAGGUCAAGAGCACUGGCUGUUCUUUCGGUGGACCCAGAUUCAGAACUAAACCACAAAAAAAUGGAACCUCACAAAUGUCAGUGACUCCAGUUCUGGGGUACCCUACCCCCUCUUCCAGCCUUCACAGACACUGCAUGCACAUG